AUGUUGCCUGAUGUUGGGUUGGAAUACGUCAGGUGGUAUACUUCUUGGUGGCCCUCCAGGAGUGGGGAAGACAUUAUUAGCAAAGCUGUUGCUGGUGAGGCAGGUGUAAACUUCUUCUCCGUACCUGCAUCUCAGUUUGUCGAAAUAUAUGUGGGAGUUGGUGCUUCCUGUGUACGAGCGCUCUAUCAAGAUGCAAGGGACAAUGCUCCAUCUGUUAUUUUCAUCGAUGAACUGGAUGCUGUUGGAAGAGCACGUGGUUUGAUAAGGGGUCUGGUGGGAAAGAGCCUUCUUGUGUGGCUGGAUGGGUUUGAAGGCAGAGGAGAAAUCAUUACCAUUGCUUCUACAAAGAGGCGUGACAUUUUGGAUGCAGCAGUACUUUCAGUUGGUUUAUGUGGGGAAGACAUUAUUAGCAAAGCUGUUGCUGGUGAGGCAGGUGUAAACUUCUUCUCCGUACCUGCAUCUCAGUUUGUCGAAAUAUAUGUGGGAGUUGGUGCUUCCUGUGUACGAGCGCUCUAUCAAGAUGCAAGGGACAAUGCUCCAUCUGUUAUUUUCAUCGAUGAACUGGAUGCUGUUGGAAGAGCACGUGGUUUGAUAAGGGGUCUGGUGGGAAAGAGCCUUCUUGUGUGGCUGGAUGGGUUUGAAGGCAGAGGAGAAAUCAUUACCAUUGCUUCUACAAAGAGGCGUGACAUUUUGGAUGCAGCAGGUUCGACCGGAAAACAGACAUACCCAAGUCUGGACUGA